GCAUCAUUGGCUGCAGUGUUGCGCUCAGACAGACAGACAGACAUCACGGGCUCCCCUCACGGUAGACGGAAGCUCUGCCAUUCACACACAUUCAUCCAUUAGAUUAAUUAACGGUAAAUUAACAGACUAUCGCCGGUAUGAACACGGAGGAGACGAACGUGAAGGAUGCUGAGACCAAAGAUGCUGAGCCGAAGGAGGCGGUGGGUACCGCUCAGGUCGCCGCGGAUGCUGAUGCGACGGAGGCCGAUGUGAGUGAAGCGGAUCUGGACCAGGAGGAGCAGGAGAAGCAGCCGAUGACCGGAGGAGAAGACCGGGACGAGGAAGCUCUGUCUACCGGCGGAGAGGAGGUGUCGGUGGCGGCAGAGAAGAACGGCUCCGUGAAGCUGAAGAUCCCCGAAGAGGCGGAGGCGGUGAAAUUCACCGGGCUGAACAAGGAGGAGCUGAUGAGGGUGGCGGGGACUCCCGGCUGGGUGAGGACCCGCUGGGCGUUGCUGGUGGUGUUCUGGCUCGGCUGGUUGGGGAUGUUGGGUGGAGCCGUCCUCAUCAUCCUGCAGGCUCCUCGCUGCAGAGAUCUUCCCGCCACUAACUGGUGGAACGAGGGCCCGCUGUACCAGAUCGGAAACAUCCAGGCCUUCACCGACGCCCAGGACCUGAAGGGUGUGGAGCAGAAGAUCAACAGUCUGUCUCAACUGAAGGUUCGAGGUCUGGUGGUCGGUCCGAUUCACGUCGCCCCGGCAGACGAAGCCAUGAGUCUGAGGUUUGAGGAGAUUUCCUCCAAGGCCGGAAGCCUGGAGCAGUUUAAAAGCCUUGUUCGGGCCGCUCAUAAGAAGGAUAUUUCUGUGGUUCUGGAUCUGACUCCAAACUACCAGGGAUCAUCUGGACCCUGGUUCUCUAACAUCAGUGUGACCAGCGUAGCCGAGAGACUGAAGUCUGCUCUGGUGUUCUGGAUGAAAGAAGGCGUAGACGGUGUGCAGCUGUCGGGGGUGGAGCGAGUGGCCAACGUGGUGCCGUCUCUGUGGUCCGACAUCCGAGCCAUCGUCCAGAACGGGACGGACGAGAGUCCCAACACGAGAGUCCUGAUCGGCAUCACCGAGCGCUCCUCGGCUGAAGAUGUUUCAGCCCUCCUCUCCUCCACCAGCGUCGACCUGCUGAUCUCCAAGGUCCUCCGCCCCGGCAUUACGGACACAACGGAGCACGCUCGGUCCGUCCAGCUUUUAUAUUCGUCCCACAUUCAGACCAAGCUGGCCUGGAGCCUGGGGGGGCCGGCCGAGGGCCACCUGGCCUCGCUGGUGGGACCGGCUCUGGUCAAACUGUACCAGCUGCUGCUGCUCACGCUGCCCGGGACGCCCGUCAUCAACUACGGAGACGAGAUCGGCCUGAUGGACGAGGGCACCAAGUUUCCCAGGAUGCUUUGGGACUCUGACGAGGAGCUGAACGGGACUCUGCUGCAGGAGGAGAGAGCCGAGCGUCUGUCGAGUCGCAAAUUUUACCGCAGUCUGAGCGAGCUUCGUAGUAAAGAGCGCUCCCUGAUGUUCGGAGACUUCCUGCUCCUCUCUAACUCCUCCUCCCUGGCGUACCUGCGAGUCUGGGAUCAGAGCGAGCGAUACCUGUCCGCCUUCAACUGGGCGGAGGAGGCGGCGGUGCUGCAGCUGAGCCACGCGGAGCUGCCUCGGUGGGCCACGGUCGUCCUCAGCACCAACAGCAGCGUCCUGCCUGCAGACAGCAGCGUGGACCUGAUGGACCUGCGGCUCGGCCCAGGACAGGCCGCGCUCCUCAGGUUUCCCUACACUGGAUAGACUUCAGUUUGCCCCGUUAUCUGUUGUUAUCUCCUGAAAACAUGAGGAUUAAAGCUCCAUUUAGACAGGAUGAACAUCCAUGUGCUCCUCUUUAAUUUAUUGCUGAAAAAGCAGAAACACAGUCUGAAUAGAGCCUAAAUCAAAUGAUGUGGUUAACAUGUUAAUAAAUGUUUUUUGGUGUUUUCCCCUCACGUUCCUCCACAUUUACUGUUAGUGUUGAAUACAAAUCUGAUGCCCACUCUGUACGGAGCAUCUGUGAAAACAAAAUGAAAUAUUAAAAACGAAGCAAAGGUA